AUGGGGAAGGUGGUGUAUCGGCAAGGCCUGACAGAUGAGGCUGUUCAGAUUAAAGCUUGGCUUUUGCGGCUAAGCGAGACUGAACAAGGAAACUUCUACUGGGAUGAUUUCGUGUCAGUCUGCGGGUCCUGUAAAGAGAUGCUAAGCAGCGUUGUCCAGUAUGUCAAGGCCGGAAAGGAGCUGGCAAGUGCUUUCAGUUUGAGUGUCGCGAAACUUCCCUUCGGUCUGGAUGCGGAGAGUUGCCGGUGGCGCGGCCGACGUAUUGCGGCAGUCAUCCCUUGUUUGGUGGCUACCGGGCUACCGGCUCCCAGAUGCCAUGGUGGGAGAUGUGGGCCCGGCGCAGAUGACCGCUUUGACAUUUCCAUGGUGCCCACACGGCGCUGCAACGAGAUCCGGUGUAUGAAGCUGUACCAGACCGCGCCGUGGACGGCUGACGUGGAAUUGAGCUCAGUGGCUGCUGCGUUGUGGCAGCUACUUGGAUGGAGAGCGGGAGGUGCUAUGGAUGACAGAGAUGAAGAUGUGGAGAGGACCUGGAACGACAAAUCCUGGCAAACGGUGGCUGAAAUAGCCAAGCCGCCACUGAUCUCCCAUUUGUGGCCUCCGCCACGGCGUUAG